GUCAACACCCACACCACAUCACACCACGACAUGCUCGCACGGCGUAUCGCGGCUGGGCCAUCCCGCGCGCUCCUCACGCGCCUGGCAUCGACGGCUGCCGCAGAGGUCCAGCACGCCCAGCAGCCCCCAUCACCACCGCCUCCCCCAUCGUCGUCAACACCACGGGUCAAGCUCCGCGCUCCGCGGUUCACUGCCUCGCCAGAGAAGCUCGAGCGCCUCGUCGCCCUCGUCGAGCAGGGAACCGAGACGGCACUGGAACGCCGCCAGACGUUUGAGCUGUUCGACAACCUCACCCCCGCACAGAAGCAGAGCCUGCCGACUGCCCAGCUCCGGGCCAUCCUCCGCGCCGUCGUGCCCCGCUCCGACGAUGUGCGGCGCAUCGCCAACGACGGCCCGAAGCGCGAGCUCUUCGCGAUGAACCGCAAGCGGUCGAAACAGUGGGAGCCCCGUCUCCGCUCCAUCCUCUCCAUCCUCAUCGCCCGCAACGACGCAAGCCUCGGCGACUGGUUGUUCACCUUGCACUCCCUUGCGUCGCUCGGCGACGUGAAGGGCUGCGAGGCCCUGAUCGCUGAGAUGCCCGAGGAGCUCCGAAACCACCGUGCAGUCAGCCAGUACCGUCUCGGCGCCGUCGUCCAGUGGACCCGGAAGAUGAACUUUGAGCCCUCUGCUCACCCGAAGACUGGGCUCGUCGACCUCGCCCACAAUGCGUUCUGGGACAUCUUCCGGGGCAUCCAGCGCGAUGAGAUGGGGGUCAGGGGUAUUACUCUGCACCUGCUGCUCACUGCCACGAGUGAGAUGACCGGCCUGCUGGUGAAGCUUGGCAACCCGGAGGCGAUCGCUCGCUUCGACGACUUUAUGCGCUUCCUGCUGAAGGAGGGCUAUGGUAUCGACCUUGGCAACCUCGCUGCCAGUCUUCUGAGCCGCGACCCAUCCCGUCCUUAUGGUACCCUCUCGGCGCAGGGCCUCAAUGCCGUGUUGAAGCAGCUGGCGAUUCGCGGCACGGACCCCUACAGCCUCCUCCGCGCGUACGAGCUGUUGUCCACCGACACAAGAACUGGCGAGGUCCUCGAAACCACGAACGCCUACGGCAAUGAGGACGAGGACGACUUUGUGCCGGGUAUCAGCGGGCUCACGGCUGCCGAGGAAGCCGGUGACGGCCGCCAGAAGCGCGACUACUUUGGUGGACUUGGUGCCACGGCGUCUUUCUUCUCUCCAGCUUCACCAGAGGUCCCCGAGCUCGCCGAAGGAGAGACUGUCCCCCAGUACCGACGACACGUUCCAAACUUCUUCCCUCCGUCCACCUCACCCCGGGACAUUACCCCCGACACUUCUCGCGCCCUGCCCCCCAAGCCUCGAUACGACUCCAACAGCGUCCUUGUGCUUUUGGACGCCAUCCGUGCAUCGGGCAACUGGUCUCUCUUUGAAGGAGUGUUGAAGACGUCUGUGGUCGACGCUCAGCGAGCAAACGCAGAGUGGCUGGCCGCCUACCUUGCCUGCCCGCUCGAGAACCGCAAACAGCUCUUCAAGCCCAUGAGGGUGUCCCCUGAAUGGUUCCGCGCAGCCCUGGCAUACAGCAACAACGAGUUUGGAAGAGGGGCAGGGCGACUGGCGGGUUCGAUCCAGUACGCGCUCGAGUGGAUCGACCAGGAGAUUGAUGUGGUCAUUGCCACCGAGGCACGACUUGCCAAGGACGCCGCGACUACCGCAUCUGUCGAUGAGGCCGGCCGCACCGUCCUCCCCGUCCCCGACUUUGCGACAGACCCUCGGGCGAAGCAGCGCGCCGUGAACCGCGAAGUCUUCAUCGUAUCAGAUGCGCUCGAGACAUUGUACAACGACCGCGACGAGCUGCGGCAUCACCUGGCACGAGCGCUGCAGCUCCGCGGAAAGAGGAAAGAACGCGAGGCAGCGCGCCAGACUCGCGCGGCUGCGAAGCGAGCUCUCAAGGCUGCCCAGGAGGCCAAGGAGGAGGCGCGUUGGGCGGCCCAGGAGCGGGCAUCAUUGAUGGCGUCGGCGAAUAACGAUCUGGCGUUUAUUGGGGCUGCUGGUGUGAGCAAGUAGACGAGAGCAUGGCUAGCAUAGCAUGGGGAGGCGAGUAGACGCAUUUGCAUUAGCAUUGGGUAUGGUAGAUGCAUAGACUGC